AUGGCGUACCCGCUCCAAUUAGGCUUUCAAGAUGCCACGUCCCCAAUCAUAGAAGAAUUACUCCACUUCCACGAUCACACACUAAUAAUCGUGUUCUUGAUCAGCUCCCUAGUACUAUACAUUAUCUCUCUCAUACUAACAACCAAACUCACCCACACAAGUACAAUAGACGCUCAAGAAGUAGAAACCAUUUGAACCAUCCUCCCCGCAGUUAUCCUAAUCCUAAUCGCCCUGCCCUCCCUACGCAUCCUCUACAUAAUGGACGAGAUUAACAACCCCGCCCUGACAGUAAAAACAAUGGGCCAUCAAUGAUACUGAAGCUACGAAUACACAGACUACGAAGACCUAAGCUUCGACUCAUACAUAAUCCCAACUCAAGACCUAAAACCCGGCGAACUCCGACUUCUAGAAGUGGACAACCGACUUGUACUACCCAUAGACACAACCAUCCGCAUGCUCAUCUCAUCUGAAGACGUCCUGCACUCUUGAGCCGUCCCAUCCCUGGGCCUAAAAACAGAUGCUAUCCCGGGGCGUCUAAACCAAACAACCCUGAUAUCAACCCGGCCCGGCCUAUUCUACGGACAGUGCUCAGAAAUCUGUGGCUCAAAUCACAGCUUCAUGCCAAUUGUCCUCGAACUAGUACCCCUAAAAACAUUUGAAAACUGAACUACGUCCCUACUGUAA